AAGUUUCCCUCCAACCGGAAAGUCUGCAGCAGCCCACCCCAGCUGCACCCAGCUCCCCGCCCGGAAUUUACUCUGCGCGGCCAAGUGCAUCGCUUCCCGCCCUAAGGAACUGAUACCCCGAGCAUCGGGCAACGAACUGCCAACACCAAAAACGAACCUUGCACUCUGAAGGAAAUCGUCAAUUCGAUCUCGAAUCGUGCGCCUAUUUUCCCUCGACCGCACCUACAAUCCGGGCCCGAAACGUCGAGCCCGAUAGCCACCAUCUCCUCGCCCGCGCGCACACGGCGACUUAUUGCCCAACACGGCCGGCGCCGACUCUCUCCCGGUUUAUCCCUCUUCACGCCCGCCACCGGCACAAUUUGAUUCCCUUUCCCGCACCGUAGGACACACUAGGUAUUGCAGCCAUGGCGUCGAAUCGGCCAGCAGCAUUCAACAACCUGCGGAUGGGAGGUGAGGCCGCGCCCCACAUGCCCGACGUCGGACGGGUGAGCAGUAUACUGACGAGCGCUGCAGAAGUGAUCCGCGAAAAGGUCCAAGACGGCAUCACCGGCGAAACCCGCGAUUUACAGUACACCCAGUGCAAGAUUGUGGGCAACGGGUCCUUCGGCGUGGUUUUCCAGACGAAGCUGUCGCCAUCGAACGAGGAUGCAGCCAUCAAGCGGGUCCUACAGGACAAAAGGUUCAAGAACCGCGAGCUGCAAAUCAUGAGGAUCGUGCGGCACCCCAACAUCGUGCAGUUGAAGGCUUUCUACUAUUCAAACGGCGAGCGGAAAGACGAGGUCUAUCUGAAUCUCGUGCAGGAGUUCGUUCCCGAGACCGUGUAUAGGGCAUCACGGUUUUUCAACAAGAUGAAGACGACCAUGCCGACUCUGGAAGUCAAGCUCUACAUCUACCAGCUUUUCAGAGCCCUGGCGUACAUCCACUCGCAGGGCAUCUGCCAUCGCGACAUCAAGCCGCAGAACCUCCUCCUGGACCCCACCACCGGAGUGCUCAAGCUCUGCGACUUCGGCAGCGCCAAGAUACUCGUCGAAAACGAGCCGAACGUGUCGUAUAUCUGCUCACGAUACUACCGCGCUCCGGAGUUGAUUUUUGGCGCGACAAACUACACAACUAAGAUUGAUGUGUGGUCGACCGGCUGCGUCAUGGCGGAGCUGAUGCUGGGGCAACCCCUCUUCCCUGGAGAGUCGGGCAUCGAUCAGCUCGUCGAGAUCAUCAAAGUCCUGGGUACGCCGACUCGCGAGCAGAUUCGAACUAUGAACCCGAACUACAUGGAGCACAAGUUUCCCCAGAUCAAGCCUCAUCCGUUCAACAAGGUGUUCCGGAAGGCGGACGCGAACGCCAUCGACCUGAUCGGCCGAUUGCUAGAGUACACCCCCACGGAGCGCCUAGCCGCCGUCAAUGCGAUGGUGCAUCCGUUCUUCGACGAGCUCCGCGACCCCAACACCAGGCUUCCGGAUUCGAGGCACGGAACAGGUCAAGUCCGGGAUCUCCCUGCUCUGUUCGACUUCUCGCGUCAUGAGAUGUCGAUCGCCCCUCACCUCAACGAUCAGCUCGUCCCCCCUCACAUGAUUCCGGUGCUCAUGGAGCGGGGCCUCGAUAUCAGCAACUUCACGCCCUUGACGAAGCAGGAAAUGAUGGCGAAAUUAGAUUGA